CUGGCUAUAGCUACUACUACUACUACCUUCCCUUCUCUUUUAUCUCUCUCUAUAGAUCUCGUACAAACAACAGUUUUAGACUCUUAUUAGUACUUACCGGAGAAAUAUAGACACAGAGAGAUAGAGAGAGGGGGAACAUAUUAUAUUUAUAUAUAUUCUACUUGCCCUUAAACCUCUUUGGUGUGUGCUAUUAAUAUAUAGCUACAAAUUUAAAUUAGAGUGCAAAAUAAUGAUGGCAUUAUUCCAAAGGAAGGUUCAUACCUUCUUCCUGUGCUUAUUAUCAAUCUCUGCAUUCUCUUCCCUUGUUGCUGUUGCUGUGCCAAAAGAGCAAGAACAAGAUCGGAUCUCAGCACUUCCAGGGCAGCCACGUGUGGCAUUCUCUCAGUUCUCUGGUUAUGUCAGUGUGAACGAGCAACAUGGUCGAGCACUCUUCUACUGGUUCACUGAAUCUCCCUCUUCUCCUCAGAAUAAGCCUCUUGUUCUCUGGCUCAAUGGAGGGCCUGGAUGCUCAUCUGUAGCAUACGGUGCAUCAGAGGAAAUUGGGCCAUUCCGUAUAAACAAAACUGGAUCUUCUCUGUAUCUCAACCCAGAUGCAUGGAACAGAGAAGCAAAUAUUCUUUUUCUUGAAUCACCUGCUGGUGUUGGCUUCUCAUACACAAAUACCAGCUCCGAUCUCAAAACUUCAGGGGACAAAAGAACAGCUCAAGAUGCACUGAUUUUUCUAAUCAGAUGGUUGUCAAGGUUUCCACAGUAUAAAUAUAGAGAGUUUUACAUUGCUGGGGAGAGCUAUGCAGGGCACUACGUCCCCCAGUUGGCUAAGAAAAUCCAUGACUAUAACAAAAACAAUCCUCAAAUUAUUAAUCUCAAAGGGUUCAUUGUUGGAAAUGCUGUGACUGAUAGCUACAAUGAUGGCAUUGGAACCAUCACAUAUUGGUGGAGCCAUUCUAUGAUAUCUGAUCACUCCUACAAAUCCAUUCUCAAGUACUGCAAUUUCACUUCAGAAGAAACAUCUAAAAAAUGUGAUGAUGCUUAUAGUUAUGCAGUUAACUAUGAAUUUGGAAAAAUAGAUCAGUACAGCAUCUACACCCCAACGUGCCCAAUAUCACUGAACAAUACUGUCAAACACAUACGGUUCAAGAAUCUUCAUAUGAUUUCAGGAUACGAUCCAUGUACUGAAAAUUAUGCAGAGAAAUACUAUAACCUUCCUGAAGUGCAGAAAGCAAUGCAUGCAAAUCUUACCAGCAUUCCUUACAAAUGGACUGCUUGCAGUGAAGUGCUCCUAAAGAAUUGGAAGGAUUCUGAAAUUUCUGUGCUGCCUAUAUACAAAGAGUUAAUUGCUGCAGGAUUGAAAAUAUGGGUAUUCAGCGGGGACACAGAUUCUGUUGUUCCAGUAACUGCCACAAGGUUCUCUCUGAACCACCUUAACCUCAGCAUCAAAACUCGUUGGUAUCCAUGGUACUCUGGUGGACAGGUUGGAGGAUGGACAGAGGUGUAUAAUGGUCUAACUUUUGCAACAGUAAGAGGAGCAGGCCAUGAAGUUCCUUUGUUUCAGCCAAAACGAGCUUACACCCUUUUUAAGUCCUUUUUGGCAGGAAAACAACUUCCAAAACAUUGACAUAUUGCACUGUAACACGUUAAUUCAGCAUGUUAAAUCAAUGCACCAUUCAUUAAUAUAUAUCUUAUAGUUUCUUGCUUC